AUGGCGGUGACGGUAAAUGAUUUGACUCCGCAUGAGAUUGAGUCAGUCUUAUUGAAUAAAUUCGAGGACACCCUCAUAAAGGGGGCCCUGUCAUGGUAUUCACUCUUUCCCGAACAUUCUAUAGAUUCCUUCGAGAUGCUCGCGGAUUCUUUCAUCAAGGCCCAUGUCAGGGCUAAAAAGGUACAUGCUCGAAAGGCCGACAUAUUGAGAAUUGCACAAGGAGAGUCCAAUUUGCUGCGGGAGUUUGUGACAAUAUUCCAGAAGGAAAUGAUGUUUCUCCUGGCCAUAUCAGACGAAUGGGUCACUCAAGCAUUUACUAAAGGGUUGAAUCAGAGAAGUUCUAAUGCUUCUCUAAAAUUGAAAGAAAGUCGGGACUGGGAAACGAAUAAGGAGAAAUUGAAGAAUAAUUUCGACACAGAUCGACGUUCUUCAAGGGGUUGGUUUUUGCCCUAUGAGCGGGCCGAAGGACGCGGCAGAGGUUUUUGGUCGGCUGAUAAAUUCACUAUAGAUGGGAGAACUGAUCGCGUGCGGAAUAAUAAGUCAUUGCAGGAUAAGGAGACAUUGGGUUCUCGAGAUGCUUCCUACCCCAUACUUUCCGAAUACAACUUUAAUGUCAGCGUAGUGGAGUUGGUGUCGGCUAUGAGGAACAUUAAAGAAGAACGGUUCCCAAAGCCAAUGAAAUUCGAUCCUAGCCAAAGGGAUCCUAAUUUUUGGUGCAAAUAUCAUGGGACUAAUGGUCACCGGACAUAUGAUUGUCGGCAUCUGCGUGAAGAGGUGGCAACAUUACUGAAAAGCGGUCAUCUCAGAGAAUUCUUAAGCGACCAGGCUAAAAACAACUAUAGUCACAAUCGUGACAACGCAGAACCUUCAAAAGAAUAG